AGCAGUUGUAAUGGUGCGGUUGCUUCUCUCUAAGAUAAAUUCAUCAUCUGCGGACUGCAAUGGAUUUAUAACCUUUGAUGCUACCUUGUUAAAUACAACACAAGCUGCAGUCACCAGCUAUUCCAAUAAGCAAUCAAUAUUGAUAGAAUAUUUAAAAGGAUAGCCACAAGGCAAUACGUCGCGGGGGAGGCUGGAAUUAUGAAGCGUUGGCACCAUGUCUAAGGCCACAGUGAAGAAGCUACACUGGCGCUCAAAGGUCCAGGAGAGCUUCGUCCCCCUGGGUGGGGCCUCUGGGGAGCUGGGUGUAGCCAUUGGGGGUGGAGCUGACUAUGGAGAAUUCCCGUUCGUCACCGCAGCUCCGGGGGGUGGUCCCACGGUGGGUGACAUCAUCCUAGAGAUUGGUGGAACCCCUGUGCUGGGAAUGACCCUUGGGGAUGUGCGGGGUGUCCUCAACUCAUGUCCUCAUCCCAUCCGAAUCAAAACGGUCUCCCCAGGCUCAACGUUGUGUAAGGACCUGAGGUUGUACCUGAGCAAAUGUUUCACUCCCGGCUCUAUGGACAGUCAGCUACAGCAGGUCAUCCGAGAGAACCUCUAUUUACGCGCAGUUCCUUGUACAACGCGACAGCCGAGGGAUGGGGAGAUCUCUGGAGUGGAUUACAACUUUGUCUCCAUAGAGGAGUUCUUCUCUCUGGAGGAAUCAGGAGCCCUGCUGGAGAGUGGAAAGUUCAAAGGAAACUACUACGGCACGCCGCGACCCGUCCACAUCGGACCCGACAGCCCCCCAAUCACCUACCAGGAGCACCGCAACCUGCUCCGAAACUUCCGCACCCGCAGUAAGUCCCUCAGCAACCUGGAGAAGGCAGUGGAGGAAGGAGAGAACAGUGAGGAAGACUCUGGUCUGUCAGCGGGUUCUGCAGGGGCCAGUAGCGCUCCCCCAAAUACCAUUAUAUCACCCAGUCAGACAUGGGACUCGAUGGGCAGGGAUGGAAGCACCCCUGAGAACGGUGCCAGAGGAGGGGCACUGCCCGAAAACUGGGAGAUGGCCUUCAGUGACUCAGGAGAACCAUACUACAUAGAUCAUAACUCAAAGACGACCAGCUGGCUGGACCCACGGACACAGAGCAAAGAGGUCGUCAGCAAGACAGAAUUGCCUGCGUUUACUGACCAGCCGUCGGAGCUGAAGGGCUAUUCCAUUCACACGCGCUUAUCCAAAGGCCCGCGGGGCUUCGGUUUCAACAUUGUGGGAGGCAGUAGGCCCAGGGAGUUUUUGCAGGUGUACAGUGUCACACCUGGUGGACCCCCUGCCCUCAAAACAGCGGACAUACUGGUCUACAUUAAUGACACGUGUGUGCUGGGUCUCUCUCAUAAAGAGGUAGUGGAGAUGCUUAAAUCUGUGCCCAUGGGUCACAGUGUGGAUGUGGUGCUACGGAGGGGUUACCCCAUGCUCUACAACCCUGACGGCUGCCCCAAGCAAAGCCUGGCCGAACCCGCGGAGUCGGGCGGGAUCUCGGGUUCCGGUCAGCCCCAGCAAACCGAUGAGGUUCACCAGCAGCAGUCAAGGUUACCCAAUCUCAACAGAGCCAUGUCCCAUCACAACGGUUUCUAUCCCAGGAUGCAGAAAGAGUCUCUAGACGCCAACGGUAAUACCAACGCCUAUACCACAGCCCCGCCCUCUUACCCGUUAGCCAACGGGAACCCUUUGGGAGGCUCAACUUUGCCGCCCUCCUCUCACAUGGGAGCUGGACCUCCUCCCCCUUCCGAACGCAUGACCACCAGUCAUAGUGACACAGAGGUCAGCUCCGCUGCGAGCACCAGAAGAGCAUCCUUGAUUCGAAACUACAACCAUAACUCCCUCCCCGCUCCCUCGCUCCUACACCAGAGCUCCAAGUCUUCCGAGAGCGACCUUUCCAGUGCCACCCUACCCAUCUCCAAACUACCCCUUCCCCAGCCGGAGGUGGGCACCGCCGUCACCCCGGGGGCACCUGUCAACCAGCGACCCCUCAUGCCCCAGACCUCUCUGAUAGUGAGCCCUCCCACUGAGGUGCCACCCUGUGGCUUUAACGGUUGUCCGGCCAAUAACCCUCCUCGCUCCGCCCCGGGCAACCUGACGUCUCCGGGUGCGCCUGGUGGAGGCGGAGGGGGUGAACUGGUGCCCGUUGCCCUAGGGAAGAGCGAGGGCGGUGGUAUGGGCUUCAGCGUGACGGCUGGGGGGCAGGGGGGGCAGCUGGCUGUGGUUAAGAGGGUGUGGGACAGGCGGCAGUGCCCCUCCCUGCAGCCAGGGGACGCUAUCAUUAAGAUCAACGGGGCUGAUGUACAGAGCCUCAGUUUUGCACAGGUGCAGCGGGUUUUACAGGAACACACCAAACAGGGUGAGGUGGUAUUACUGGUUUACAGAGGAGGGCCUUUAUGCUCUCCAGUCUCCCCAAACUCUUAUAAGAGAACUCCUCUAUCUCUUCAUGGGAUGGACAUGCCUUCACCCUCCUCUGACGGCCCCGUGCCCAACCAGACUAUACUCACUCCCCCUUCGCCCUCGGGAGAAGUCCCCUCUCUGGUCCAGAGCACCAGCUUCUUGGACUCAGUGCCUGUCACUCUGACCCUGGACUCCAGAGACUGGUUAGGGGUGGAUGAUGGCGUAGGGCUGGAGACCAGGGCCUCAGCUCUGGGAGCCGUGUCCAAAAACCAGGUGGAAGGAAGAGGGGGGGCCAAAGCUGUGGAGGUAGAGCUUAGAAGGAGGCCAGGAGAAGGGUUUGGCUUUGUCAUCGCCUCCCAGGAUGUGAUGAAUGGCUCUUCAUCGCUUCUUUCUCACAGGUUUGUGACGGUACGGAGGGGCAGCCCUGCGGCUCGGAGCGGUCAGAUUCAGCCUGGCGACCAGCUGGAGGCGGUGGAGGGGCGUUCAGUGGUGACCCUGCCUCACCGUGACCUUGCCCAGAUCCUACGCAGGGCAGGCAACACACUCCGCCUAACCAUCAUCCCUCGCUCCAACACCAACUCCUCUAACUUGUCAGAGUAUGCUGACUAUGACCCUGAUAACAGGUCAAGGAAAGGUCACAGAUCUAGACAAAAGGACUCGCGCUAUUACAGUGUGGAUCUGGAGAGGGGGCCCACGGGUUUUGGCUUCAGUCUGAGGGGGGGCAGUGAGUAUAACAUGGGCCUGUAUGUACUGGGACUGAUGGAGGGAGGACCUGCCUCACGCAGCCAGAAAAUACAGGUGAGUGACCAGCUAGUGGAGAUCAAUGGAGACAGCACAGUGGGGAUGACUCACAGCCAGGCUGUGGAACAGAUCCGCAAGGGCGGCCACCGCAUCCACCUGGUCCUGAAGAAAGGCAAUGGUUACGUACCUGACUAUGACCGUGAGGAAGGAACAGCCUCCCCCUCCUCCUCAUUUCACUCUGAGGAGCCGGGUGUGGCUGCAAUAGAUUACUCUCUGCCAAGGGACGGUAGGAGGGUGGAUAAAGUAAAAAAGGACAGAAGAGAGAGGAGAAAUAAGGGAAGCAGUGUAGAAGGGAGGAGCAGCAGGAGAGGAGGCGGUGGAGAGGGGAGGGGGACUCCUUACAGUGACCUGGGUAGGGCCGAGGAAGAAAGUUUAGCAAUUAGCGGUAAUGGGACAUGGAGCGCCCGGUCUGAAGAGAGGGAGACGCAGAGAGAGAGACGCGCACAGAGUUUGCCUAAGAACGCUUUGAGGGGAGAGAAGGAGAGGCAGAGAGAGAGGGAGAAAAGCAGGAGUCUGGCAGUCGGCAGGAGAAAGGCGAGAGAGGGCGCCGUCGAACGCGAGGAGACGGGGAAAGAAAAAAGGUCGUCGUUAACGGCGGAGGAGGAGAGGCGGUCGGACUCAGAGUCAGGGAGAGGAAAAGGCAGACAGAGGGAUAAAAAGAGGGAAGGAAGGGAAAAAGAGGGAGAAACGGUCGCCGCGGAGAACCCGGAGGUCGCGGCGGGGCCCGGGAAAGCCCUCUUCUCUUUCCUCAUGCCGUUGGACGACGACAAGGCCGGAGAAGCCGCCUCCGACGUCGACUCGCUGGUCAGCGUCUCGGAGGUCAGCGUCUCUGCGGCCAGCGUCUCUUUGUCUGGGGCCGCGGCGGGUUCACAGCCGCCACUGGACUCGAGAGAUCCCCAGCAGUCCGUCGGUCCGCUGGCCCCGGGUCCGUGGCUCAAACCCAGCCGGCAGAAACUCUCUCAGGUCUUAGGGAGAAACAGGCUGAGGGGACGGCAAGGAGGACUGUAGUCCUGUCUGGCUACCCCAGGACCCUUCCUCUCUUUCUCACUCUCUCUCUCUCUCUCUCUCUCUUACAAACACACAGGCACACAGAUCUCUCUUCAAAACCAUACGCCGUCGCUUACAUUCCACUGAGCCCUUCUCAUUCCGUAUAUCCCAUCUUCAUUGUAAAAAUAUCCACGAAUCCGUUCUUCUGAGUUACAGUGUCAUUUCCACCUCAAAUAUGCAAGUGAGAAUUGCGAUUGUGUCCACUUCUGCAGAUAUGUUUAGUCUUAUACAUCUAAAAAAAAUAUAGUUUUAUCGCCAUCUAGAGGUCAUUGAAAGGUAAAGCAAGGGCAUUGCAAUCUCCUAGCAAAGCCGGAACUGUCAGGAACAAUAAUAUCACUUUAUUUGUUCAUAGUGCUGCUCAUAACAUGUAUCAAUUUAUUUUUACACUCAUUUCAAAAAUUUUAUUUUAAUAUUUUUUCAUGUAUGUUCCUAGAAAAUGAAUUAAGAUUAUAUAUUAAAAAGAGGACGCUUUAUUUAAGAUUAUGUUUAGCUGCUUGCUUAUUUUUUGCUGGAUUGUAACCCUUUCCUCUUUAUGUGUGCGGUGGUCUUUCUGUCUGGCUGGAGCUCAGAAAGUACUUUAUAAUGAGGCUUAAUGAGCCAUCACUAACCUCUUCAGGUGCCUUUUGCUUCUUCAGCCGGUGUUUACCAAAAAAAAAAAAAAAAAAAAAAAAGAAGAAGAGAGAGAAAAUUUUAGAAAAGAGAGAGAGUUAAUAGCGUAGCGUUGCAGAGAGUGUGUAACACUGCACAUAAAUAUAUAAUACAAGACUCAGUACACAAGUAAGGGAAAAGUAUGAUGUACGUUUUGUACAUGUACAUAAAUUCAGUGAGUUUGUGAACUGAUUUAAAUGUCAUUUCAAGUGCCUCAUGCGAUGUUCCUUUACACAAGACACUUGACUUUCCCUGAGAUGUCCACGCUGAAUCAGGAGCUGAUCAUGUGGGGUUUUUUUUUUUUUUUUUUUUUUUUAAUUUGUCAUUUCCUGCAUUUUGUUGGUAUUAUUUGCAAUAGUUUAGAUUCCAUCUCAGUUCCUGAUGCAUUUGCAAUCAGUACAUCAUACAACAAGAUAAACAGAAAACACACCAAGACAUUCAUACAGACUCACACCUCUCACUCACACACACACGCACACAC